AUGACACGCACUAUCAUCUUCGAUGAUAAUGACCCUAAGGAAAAGAACAUGUGGCGCAAGAUAGUGCAAGACCACAACGAGGCCACGGCUACUAAGGCUAGUGUCGACGAGUUCAUCAGCGGCCUGAAGCCGGAGCAGCGCAGCAAGGACAUCUUUACGGCUUCGGCUGCGAUCUAUAAGGCCUAUACGACGUUGACCCCUACCAAGGGUGAGGUUGAGCAGGUCUUCAGGAAGUAUCCUGAUUGGUCUAUACCGAAGUGGUUCUGGGAAAGAAGGGUUUGGCUGCCGAUCGGCAAGAAAUGCACCAAGAUUCAGCGCAGAUGGAUCGCGAUGUUGGUGAAAUACGACAAGUUUACUGCCAUGAAGGCAUCCUUCGACAACCUACCUCCAGAGAUUCUUACAGAGGAGAUGGUCGCGCUUAAGACGGCAAUCCACCAACACUUUGCUGCGCCAGAGCUCACUGAAGCGUUUGAGGAAGUCUACGCAGUGCAUCCUGACUGGGAGAGACCGGAGUGGUUCAUGGAGAAGAAGGGAACCACAGUGUGA